GACUGCUCAGAGUCCACGAACCCAGGCUUCUGUCGCAGGCUUUGUCAGCCCCCCCCUCUAACAUCUCUGUGUUUUUACGGUUUCCUGGGAAAAGCGACCAUGGCUUAUCACAGUUUUCUUCUCGAACCCAUCAGCUGCCAUGCCUGGAACAAAGACCGAACCCAAAUCGCACUGUGUCCUAAUAACCAUGAAGUGCACAUCUACAAUAAGGCAGGAAACAACUGGAACAAAAUACAUGUGCUGAAGGAGCACAAUGGCCAGGUUACUGGCAUUGACUGGGCCCCAGAUAGCAAUCGUAUCGUCACCUGCGGCACCGACCGUAACGCAUACGUCUGGACCCUAAAGGGAGACGUAUGGAAGCCCACACUGGUCAUUCUCAGGAUCAACCGUGCUGCACGCUGUGUGAAAUGGUCUCCGAAGGAAAACAAGUUUGCUGUGGGAAGCGGCUCACGUCUGAUCUCUGUGUGCUAUUUUGAGCAGGAUAAUGACUGGUGGGUGUGCAAGCAUAUUAAGAAGCCCAUCCGCUCCACCAUCCUUUGUUUGGACUGGCACCCCAAUAAUGUCCUGUUGGCAGCUGGAUCAUGCGACUUUAAAUGCAGGAUCUUUUCUGCCUACAUAAAGGAAGUGGAGGAGAAGCCUGCUCCAACAGCAUGGGGCUCUAAAAUGCCCUUCGGGGAGGUCAUGUUUGAAUCAACAGGUACUUCAGGAUGGGUGCACGGGGUCUGUUUCUCGGACAGUGGGAAUCGUGUGGCGUGGGCCAGUCAUGACAGCACUGUGGCAGUGGCCGAAGGAGGAAAAACUGCAGUCUGUGCCAGUCUGACUUCAGAAACCUUGCCUCUGCUGUGCGUGACUUUCAUCACUGAGAACAGCCUAGUGGCGGCUGGCCAUGACUGCUACCCUGUGUUGUUUGUCUACGAUUCCAACAAAGCAGCCUUGUCUUUCGGAGGCAAACUUGACGUGCCCAAACAAAGUGCUCAGAAGGGAAUGACAGCCAGAGAGCGCUUCCAGAACCUGGAUAAGAAAGCCACCACCGAAAGCAAAGAAGCAGUGCUGGAGUCUCUGCACAAGAACAGCAUUAGCCAAAUCUCACUUCUUGAUGGGGGAAAAGCUAAGUGCUCCAAAUUCUGCACCACUGGUAUGGAUGGAGGCAUGACUAUUUGGGAUGUAAAGACCCUUGAAUCUGCAAUGAAAGACCUCAAGAUUGUCUAGACGCUCAACAGACUCCAGAACAUGUCUGCUGUCAGAUUGCUAGCUUUAAAAAUCUUAUUUUUGCUGUUGUCUAUGUAUUUUUUCCAAGAUUAAGUUUUGAUUAACAGUUUUAGUGGAUUAAGGAGUUUAUAUAUUCAUACAAUUUAGCAUAUUGGUUCUGGAUGAACCAAAAGGGAAUUUUGUCUGAAUCUAAAUGCUGGUCAUAGAUUGCUUUUCUUUAAUUUGGAGAUUUUUGCAAGUUGCUCGCAUUGAAUUCUAAUAAAAUGCAAUAAAAUAAUUAUAAUUACA